GGUGGGAGGAAUUUGGGCAUAAUGGGGCUAAAAGUAACAGCUUUAGCAGAAAGUCGUUUGGAAAAACUAAAAAGUUCUAUGUCAUCCAAGUCUAGAAUGAAGUUAUGGAUGAUAAGGAUCACAACAUCAGUGCUUAUAUGGAUUUGCUUAGUUCAAUUAACGAUACUGGGAGAGACUUGGGGUCCUAGAGUUUUAAAAGGAUGGCCCCCUUGUCCUUCUCACGAAUCAGCUGCAGUACUGGCUGUUAAAUCGUCGACUGAGGUCUCUGCCAGAGUUCUUCCACCAAAGAGGGUUUACAGGAAUAAUGGUUACCUCAUGGUUUCAUGCAAUGGCGGGCUUAAUCAAAUGCGGUCAGCGAUAUGUGAUAUGGUUGCUAUAGCAAGAUAUUUGAAUGUGACUCUUAUUGUUCCCGAGCUGGAUAAAACCUCCUUUUGGGCUGAUCCGAGUGAAUUUCAAGACAUAUUUGAUGUUGAUCACUUCAUAAUGUCCUUGAGAGAUGAAGUUCGAAUAUUGAAGGAGCUACCUCCAAGACUAAAGAGGAGGGUAGAGUUAGGAGUGACUCAUACUAUGGCUCCUAUUAGUUGGUCUGACAUUUCCUACUACCAUAAUCAGAUUCUUCCCUUAAUUCAGCAGUAUAAAGUAGUUCAUUUGAACAGGACUGAUGCUCGGCUUGCCAAUAAUGGACAACCUAUGGAAAUUCAAAAGCUACGAUGCAGAGUUAAUUUUGGUGCACUGAAAUUCACCCCUCAAAUUGAAGAGUUGGGUAGAAAGGUUGUCAGAAUACUUAGGCAAGAGGGUCCAUUUAUGGUUCUGCACCUGAGAUACGAAAUGGAUAUGUUAGCUUUCUCUGGCUGUACUCAGGGAUGCAAGCAGGAGGAGGUGGAAGAGUUGACAAGAAUGAGAUAUGCUUAUCCAUGGUGGAAAGAAAAAAUUAUAAAUUCAGAUUUGAAAAGAAGAGAUGGUCUGUGUCCUUUGACCCCUGAGGAAACUGCUCUUACUUUAAGGGCAUUGGACAUUGAUCCUAGUAUUCAAGUUUACAUUGCGGCUGGAGAGAUUUAUGGUGGAGAAAGGAGAAUGGCUAGUCUUGCUGCAGCUUAUCCUAAUUUGGUAAGGAAGGAGACACUACUCGAGUCCUCUGAGCUGAGGUUCUUUCAAAAUCACUCCUCCCAAAUGGCAGCAUUAGAUUAUCUUGUUUCCUUGGAGAGCGAUAUCUUUGUUCCUACAUAUGAUGGAAACAUGGCCAAAGUUGUUGAAGGACAUCGCAGAUAUCUUGGAUACAAGAAAACUAUCUUGUUAGACAGAAAGCAUCUGGUGGAUUUAAUAGACCAACAUAAUGCUGGAUCAUUGACAUGGGAUGAGUUCUCUACCGCUGUUAAGGAAGCUCACGCUGAACGUAUGGGCAACCCAACAAAGAGAUUGGUCAUUCAAGACAGACCUAAAGAGGAGGAUUAUUUUUACUCCAACCCAUGGGAGUGCUUAGAACCAUCUUAUGAGGAUGAACUAACUUCAAGCAGCAUGUAAAUUAUGAUGGUGGUAACAUUGCAUUAUAGAAAAGUACUUCCGCGCACUGACAUAUUUGGAGGACAUACUUGUCAACACUCGAAAACAUUGUGCUGCAUUUUGCUUCUGAGGCGACUGGUGCAGUAAAGGGGCGAUGCACUUGAAAUCCUCGGAAGCAUUUGGAAAAGGUUUAUAUUAAAAUGUUCCUUUUUUUUCCUUCAGAAACUCAAUAAUUGAAUACAUGUAUAGAAAACUGUCCUGCCAUUGCAAGGAUACAUUAUCAAUGGCAGUAUACACAGAAGGGUACAAUAUAGAUUUGUUUUGCCAGAACUUUUGGAUUUGUCAAAUUUAAAGUUCCACUCAAUACCACACUAGUUGAGUCA